AUGGCUUUGUACUCCUCCAUCUCGCCUGGUGCCUUGGUUCUCAUGUUACUAAUAUUUCCUAUGUUGAUCAACAACUUAGCUGCCAAACAUGGUUAUACAACCACCAUCCACCACCACCACCACCACCAGCAUCACCACAAUCGCCUCCCCGAGAAGGCCAUGUCAAACAAAAGUCUUCAACAAGCUUAUAUCGCGCUCCAAGCGUGGAAGCGUGUGAUCUACUCCGAUCCGAACAACUUCACUUCCAACUGGGAUGGUCCAAAUGUGUGCAACUACUCAGGAGUUUACUGUGCUGCAUGUCCUAACAACACGAAAAUUCAAGUUGUUGCUGGUAUUGACCUAAACCACUGUGACCUAGCCGGAUUCUUGCCUGAUGAAAUUGGCCUCUUAACUGACCUUACCUUGAUUCAUCUAAACAGUAAUCGCUUUUGUGGAAUCCUCCCACAAAGUUUAUCGAACUUAACUCUACUCUACGAGAUCGAUCUCAGUAACAACAGAUUUGUUGGCCCUUUUCCAUCUGUCGUGCUAUCGCUUCCUUCACUAAACUACCUUGACAUACGCUACAAUGAGUUUGAAGGGAAAGUGCCCUCCGAACUCUUCAACAAAAAACUCGAUGCCAUAUUUAUCAAUAACAAUCACUUCACUUCCGUGCUCCCACCGAACUUUGGCACAAGUUCAGCAUCCGUUAUAGUAUUCGCCAACAACAAAUUUGAAGGAUGCAUCCCUCCAAGUAUAGCAAAUCUCGCGAAUACUUUAGAAGAAUUAUUACUGAUCAAUACUAGCGUAAAAGGUUGUUUACCACCAGAAGUUGGAUUUCUAUACAAAUUAAAAGUACUUGAUGUUAGCUAUAACAAAAUUGUUGGUCCAAUCCCCUAUAGCAUUGCAGGUUUGGCUCAUUUGGAGGUACUGAAUUUAGGCCACAAUAUGAUGACUGGAAUAGUACCAGAUGGAGUUUGUUGUUUGCCUAAUUUGUCGAAUUUUACGUUUUCUUACAACUUCUUCUGUGAAGAAGAAGGUAUUUGUAGAAAUCUAACUUCGAAAGGGAUUAUGUUUGAUGAUCGUCGAAACUGUUUGCCAGACAAGCCUCAGCAAAGGAGCAAGAAAGAAUGUGAUGCAGUGGACCAACAUCCAGUUGAUUGCACCCAAAACUGCAGUAAUUCUCUCCAUUAA